GACGGAUGGUUUGGGUCACGAGGCUCAAGGUGCCGGGCCCAUAUUAGUGCGGGAGCGGUGUGGUUAGGUUUCGAUUCUGCUACGGUGAGAGAGGUGAUGGAGGGGUUUUGUGGCUUUCCCGACCGGCGAUUGGAAGGGACCUCAGUGGAUUUGGCGAUGAUUGCGGUGUUUGUUUGCUUGUGCCGUAGAAGAGAGGAUUCCUGUCGUGCGUUGUAGCUAUGGUGUUUUCGGAGAGUACCAUAGCGAUGAGCUUCUUUGUGGCUUAGGGAUUGUCCGAUCCUGGCGAGACCUGCUCGUGAGCUAUGGCUGAUGGUGAUAGUGAGUGGAACCGGGACCAUGCCAGAGCGGAUUACGAUGCAGGUCCUCUGAAUCCUCCUUUGUUAGCCAUUGCAUCACCACCUCCUGGUUCUAUGCUUCAUCUCAUGGGAAGCUUGUUUCCAUUGGCUGAUAUGCAAUGUGGAGACGUAAACAGUGAGAAGAGUGAACAUUAUCCUGUCUCUUCACAUCCAGUUGCGCUAAUUUCCAAUAGUCCAUCUUCGUCUUCUUCUCCUGCUUCAGAAUAUCAUGUGGCGACUGAAGUCCAUGUGUCCACCCCCGAUUAUGCGCUGCUAACACACUCGAUGGGAUCCCCAUGCUUACUGAAGGGAGAAAUUCCUUUUCAGCUGCAGGCUUCUGGCAUUUGGGAUGCGACAGCAGCACCUGCUACACAUCUCUCCCAAUUUCCUCAUCUUCGUAGUAGUUUGCGUACAGAGGUUGGAGAAACAUCUACUGCUCCCUUCAUGUCAAAUUCUUCUAUUGGUUUGACCUCAGCUGCCGCGGUGCCGCGCUUUGAAAGUGAAUCCGCCGACAUACUCAUGCCUUCUCCUUUAGCAAUCCGGGGAGACAAAACUGUACUUGAUCACAUGGAACCGCACCCCGUUUUGUGUAAUUUCAAUCAGUCAGAUAAUGCGACUCCCUUAAUCGCUUCUAGAACUCGUCCCUCAAAGAAAUCGCCUCCUUCAAAUCCUCCUGUAAUUGUUGGACAACUUCCACCUGUACCUGAUAGUAUCCCAAGGGAUCCUGUACCGCAGGCUGGGAGAGGUGAGGGUUGGCCUUACGCGCCACAAGGUUGGCCGAAAGCUGAUGAUAAAUGGGGUUGGAGGGUGGGCAAGCGAGCCAGCAGCAAUUCGUUAUGGAUCGAUAGAUAUGUUAUACUACCAAUUAGCCUUUUGAAGUCUAGAAGGCCGGGAAAGCCUGCCGAAUUCGCCAGUCGAAGGAGUUUCUCAGAGUACUUUAAGCAGAAUUUUCCCGAAAUUGAUCCUGAUAGCAUAUUUAAAGCAUUUGACUGGAAAGUUCCUGCUCCGAAGAGCACUGAGGAUAAUGAAGCAUUUGAUAAGCGAGGGUCGGGCGUCAAACGAGAUAAACCAUCGUCCACGGACGGGGACGAUGGCUGGCAAAAGUUAAAGAAACAAUGUCGGGCAGGCAAUCCAGAUUGCCUUCUUGUAAGGGGAAAGGGCGGUGCAUUUGAAUCGUUGGAGAGCUUGGUCUGUCAUAUCUGUUGCUCAGAGCCUGGCUUCUGCUGCGAGUGUAAAUGUAUACUUUGUUGCGAAACCUUUCUGCCGGAUGCUGAUGAAGUCAGUAUCAUCCGAUGUCGUAACUUUCCCGUAUCGGGGGACGGUAUAUGUGGUCAUGCAUCUCAUCUUGAGUGUGCACUGACUUCUCAGUUAGCUGGGUCCAUCAAGAAGAAUGGGCUGGAUAUGGAGUAUAUGUGCCGACGCUGUGACAGGAGGAUGGAUUUAAGAGAGACAUUUACUCGUUUGGUCGAGGUGUUGAGCAAAACUGUUAUGCGGUCUAAGGUUGAAAAUAGUCUCCAGCUUGCGUUGCGAAUAGUACAAGAUCCAGAUGAUGAGGCUAGAAGCCCCGGGAAAGUUCUGGCGACUUUGAUUGAAGACGCUCUUAGGAAGGUUCGACUAGGAGCUGAUAUUGGCGAGGUUUACAAUGAAUUGACCAAGCAACGUCUUGGACUUCAACCAGGACAACUGGUUUAUGCUAGUGAAGUGUCGCAUCAAGUUCAAAACGGGUCUGGAGCAAUGGGACCGAAGUCUACACUGGAGGGUUCACAGCAUCCUACGGAGACUAGUUUAGACAAAUUGCUUUCUCCAUUGAGGUCUUCGGUUUCUUGCGAUGCUUCGAUCAUUCUCCCCACUCUGAUUUCCUCUCCCCACGUUCAAAGGUCGCCGACUGUCAGCACUCGACAAAGUGGUUGGAAUGAUACCUGUCCUGCCUCAAAUAAUCCAAGCAACGCUUUGAUGGUAUGGUAUGGAGAUUCUCAAGCAGAUGGAGUUGCUACUACUCGAGGCAAAAGGCUUCAAUAUGUACCCUCUAUGGACAUGAAAGUUCCAAGAACCUCAAUUCAGGAUUUUCCAAAACCGGAAGGUCAAAUCAUGUCGUCUGUAGUUUUGCAAACUCCGUCCGACAUUUUAACACAUACAACAGAUCUAUCAAGCCUGAUACAUCAAAGUGUAAGCAGACCCCCGACUUUGUCAAUACAGGAGCAUAUUAGGCAAUGUGAAGCUAUGGCGAAUAGGGUAAGGGGUGCCGCUGAGCUUAAUACCCCGUUCAGUAUGCUUUCAGAAGCUGUAUGUGGUGAACCAGAAGUUGUGCCUACUUCAGACUCAAAGCCUCCAAGUUUUUCCGGAGGCUCCUCGACAGCCGAAAUUCAUGAUAGCCAGCCUCCGGCAAGUCAGGUCGUUAAUCCUUCUGCUGAGGCUUCACACUACACAAGGGAAUCGGGAAUUGCAUCCAUUCCCUCCAGUUGUAAUCCCAGGAGCCCAAGUUUAUUCAAAUCACAGGAGGCUGGUGAGUGCAUUGCGAAUACAGACCUCACAGAGGUGCCUAGGAUAGAGCUGUCAACUAUACCCACCUCUAAGCGAGAACCGGAUGUGGCUGACGCUGACGGUUUGGAAUCAGAGUAUGAGGAUCAGAUUAUUCAGGCCUUGGAAAAGCUUAGGAAGGCACAGGCAGCAGAGUAUGCUUGUGCCGAGAAAUAUUUACAUGCGCAGAAGAGAACUAUUAUUGAGCAUUACCUACAGCUUGGAAAUGUUUGUGGAGAUAUUGCUAAGAAUGGGAGAGUCAAAUUAUCUCCAAAACAAGUAAAGAAGGAUCUGUCUAAAUCGAUUACUUUUACCGACCGUGCUAUGAAUCGUCCUGUUGAUCAGGUCGGGAAGAUGCAGGAAGGGGAGAAGAUAUUCGAGUCCAUGCUUAACAUCUCUAACGGUUUUGGCCAGGCUUCGAAAGAGUUCUUACGGGAAUUUUUCAAUUGGCCGCCUACUGAUAUUGCUGAGUCUUAGGGAUGGUUUGUUUCUCCAAUGCGUUCUAAAAGGUACUCUGUUAAUGGAGACGGAUUGCCUUACAGGUAGACUCAUCGGUGAUAUUUGUGAUAACAUUUUAAAUGAUCUGUGAAAUGGUGGAACUCUUAAUUUUUUUAAGCCAAGAAAUGAUGGACAUUGUCAGAGUGUUAAUAGA